GCUGACCCUGGGGCUGCUUCCUGGUGCCGGUGUGUGAAUAGGGCACGUGUGCGUCGCCUCUAGCAGGGUGAUAACAUCUGAGAAAACAAUGGAGAACCAGUGCCUAUGACUGAUCCUUCUCCACGAAGCCCCGCCCAGGGAUCACUCCCAGCCCCGACCUCAGUGACUGAUAGCACAAGGGAGACCUAACAGCUUAGAAAUCUUUCUCCAAGACAUGAAGCUUUGGGGCCGAAUACUUUGGAGCCUCCUCUCUGGUCCCAGGGGAAGAAGGGGAGUCUCCCAGGGCUGGGCCUUCAAUUUACAGAAGUCUCAUUCAUGUCUGGCUGGGCUGUUGAGUGCCACAGAGAUGGUGAGCCACUGGACACAGGUCUUUGAGGAAAGAGGUAUCCCAGAGGCCCGGGAAUCCUGUGAGUACAUCGUGGCUCAUGUCCUUGGAGCCAAAACAUUUCAGAGCCUGAGACCAGUACUUCGGACCAAGCUUCUGACCCCUCAACAACGGGAGUCCAUUCAGGAGCUAUGUAGCCAUCGGUUACAGAGGAUGCCAGUGCAGUAUAUCCUUGGGGAGUGGGACUUUCAGGGGCUCAGUCUGAAGAUGGUACCCCCAGUGUUCAUUCCUCGGCCAGAGACAGAAGAACUGGUUGAAUGGAUCUUAGAGGAAGUUGCCCAGAGGGCCCCUGCAGUGGGACCCCAAGGUGGUCCCCUCAUUCUGGAGGUGGGCUGUGGAUCAGGAGCCAUUGCCCUCAGCCUGCUGAGCCAGCUCCCCAAGAGUCAAGUUAUUGCUGUGGAUAAGGCAGAAGCUGCUGUUAGUCUCACCCGUGAGAAUGCUCAGAGGCUUCAGUUGCAGGACAGGAUUCAGAUCAUCCCCCUUGAUGUGACCUCAGAGGGGCACUGGACACACCUUCUGCCCUGGGCUCCCGUGGACUUGGUGGUCAGCAACCCUCCAUACGUCUUCCACAAGGACAUGGAACAACUGGCUCCAGAGAUCUGCAGUUACGAGGAUCUGGUGGCCCUGGAUGGUGGUGAGGAAGGCAUGGACAUCAUUACCCACAUCUUGACCUUGGCACCUCAGCUCUUGAAGGCCUCUGGAAGUAUCUUCUUAGAAGUGGACCCAAGGCACCCAGAGCUUGUCAGCAGCUGGCUUCAGAGCAGGCCUGACCUGUACCUUAGUCUUGUGGCUGUCCGUAAAGACUUCUGUGGGAGGCCCCGGUUCCUGCAUGUCCAGAAGUCUGCAUCAUAGUGUGGCUACUUUGUGAACACCUGGCCAGGAUUCUAGCCUGCUGGGCGCACCUGGCUGCCCCUGCAUGGGUGUUCUCAGAGGAAGGUGUACAGUGCCUCCCCAAACCCGAGGUGAGGCCCAUGGUUCUGUGAUUCCUCAUGGUGAAUGUUUCUAGAAGAUUCGGAAACACAGAGGGAGUGUUCUUCCCAGGGCAGCAAAGAACAGAGACUCAAGAGCUGGGUUUCCAGCCGAGGCUAUCCUCUCAGUGUAGGGGCCUACUUGGUGUUCCUCUUGGUGAAAUUGCUGUGAUGAUAUUGGGAAGUGUGGCCAGUAAAGUAUUGAGAGAACAAUAAAUGGUGAAUCAGUG